AUGGAUGCGCAAGCCAAGAAAAAAGCAUUUUUCCGUGCCAAAUUGAAUGCCCAGAAGAAGGACAAACGCAUAGAAUCUCCCCUUGUUAGGUAUAAUGAAUCUGAUCAGCCUGUUUGUCGGGUUUGUGACGUUGUUCUGAAGUCUGAGUCCCUAUGGGAUGCACAUCAAGUUUCUCGAAAACAUCGUGAGGCAAUAAGCAAUCUUAAAGCUAAUGCGGCUGGGUUAACCAAGCAGAACAAUGCUGAGCCGGAUAUUCCAACUAAACGGCCUAAACCUGAGCAGCCUUCAGACUCACAGUUCAAAAUUCCUCAAAGUCCACAAGUGCCUAAACCUCAGUCAUCAUCCGUUCUUCCACCAGAUUUUUUUGACAACAAUGACGCAAAGAAGAUGAGAUCGGAAAAGGACCCUGUCCAUUCAGUGGACUCAGGUUUCGGUAGAAACACAGGGGCUUCUGCUCAAAGUCUGGUGUCAAACUCGGACAAAGAUCACUUUGAUGGAAAUGAUACUACGCAGUCAAAGACUAAUCAAGCAACGAUGGAGAAUAGGAAAACAUCAGUCAAGAUUAAGGAUGCAGAGAACAAGCAGGAAAAAGGGGCUCUCCCUGAAGGUUUUUUUGAUAAUAAAGAGGCUGACUUGCGGGCACGUGGCAUUAAGCUUGUAAAACCAGAUGUCAAAGACGAGUACAAGGAGUUUGAGAAGUUGAUUCAAGAGGAUUUGCGGGAGGUGGAUGACCGGUUAGAAGAAGAAGAGAUUGAUGCUGCAGAAACGAUAGAAGAAGCCGAAUCUGCUGAGCAAAGAAAGUUAAAGGAGAAAGUGGAAAUGUUGAAGACGAAGAGAUUGGAGUUAAAGGCUGCUAAAUCUGCAAAGCGUCGUAAAUCUUCUGAGGUUGUGACUAAGAAGUCUAUACAUGAAGAGUCAUCCAGUGAUGAUGAUGAGAGUGGUGAAAACUUUGCUGUUGACUGGAGAGCACAACACUUGUGA